AUGCAAGUCUCGAUCAUCUUCCCUGGUCACUUACUUUGUGGCAGCACCAGUCAACUUGACUACUACCUGCUGCCUCUUCUUCCGACAACACAGGUAUCACGACACCUCCGCGAUCUCCACGAUGGACGACACAGUCGACCUCGCCGAAUACCUCUUCACGCGCCUCCGCCAGAUGGGCGUGGGCGCCGUCCACGGCGUCCCGGGCGACUACAACCUCGUAUCCCUCGACCACGUCAAGCGCGCAGGCCUCCACUGGUCGGCAACGCCAACGAGCUGAACGCAGGCUACGCCGCCGACGGCUACGCGCGGCUCAAGGGCGCCGGCGCGCUCGCCACCUCGUUCGGCGUCGGCGAAUUGUCCGCCCUCAACGCCGUCGCCGGCGCCUACGCCGAGAGGGUGCCCGUCGUGCACGUUGUCGGCACGCCGUCGCGGGCCGCGCAGGCGGACGGCGCGUGCCUGCACCACUCGCUCGGCGACGGCAACUUUCGCGUCUUCGCCGACAUGUACGCGUCCGUCACCGUCGCGCAGGCCAGGCUCGACUGUCCCGCGACGGCGCCGCGCUCGGUUGACGAGGUGCUGCGGGCCUGUCUUGUCGAGAGCCGGCCGGUCUAUAUUGAGCUGCCGUCCGAUAUGGCCGCUGCCAAGGUGCCGAGACCAAUGGCAGUGACCGAUCUCUGGACUUCGACGACUUCGGCGGGGUUCUGGGUUGACAAAGCCCAAGUGUUGUGUUCCAUGAUCGCCGAGGCAAAGAGGCCCAUGAUUCUGGUCGACGGCUUUGCUGCCCGCUUCCAUAUCCGAAAAGAAAUUAACCAGCUGGUCCGGAUUUCACAGAUCCCGACACUGACGACACCCUUCGGCAAGGGCAUCGUCGACGAAACGCUGCCAGGCUACAAGGGAAUGUUUUGCGGUUCGAUGGGAAAUCAAGACCUCCAGGACUGGGUCGACGGCUGCGACCUGUGCGCGAACAAAUGCGUCCGGAACUCUUAUCUUUGA